AAAAAACAGUACGGCAGAUAAGAGAAUUAAAUUAAAUUAAAUUACACAUCAAUGCUGUCCAUUAAAAAUAAGUACAAAUUCAGGUUUCUUGAAAUUCUUCGUAUUUAAAAAAUUGCAUUGUUUUGAAUAUUAUUAUAAUCAAACAAAUAUAGUUUCUUUGCUGCCCUCUACGGGUUUCAGUUGGUAAGCAAGAUUUCUGCAUCACCGGAAACUACAAAUGUCUGCAUCCAGAAUAAAAGUGACGUGAACUGACCCAGUCUAUACAAGUCACAUAGGAAAAACUCUUGUUUUUUUUUUUCAUUAAAAAACGACGACGGAAACAACAAUCCGUCAAGUAAAAGUUACUCUUUUCAAUUGAAAUAAUUUAAUGGAAUAUUAUUUUUCUCCAGGUGAAUGCCGUUGUUUAGUCAAACGGAGUGUGUUAGUCCUUUGUUUUGGAGGAGCCGAGCGGAUCCUCGGUGUGUGUGUGUGUGUGUGCUGUAUGAUCCUGAUGCUGAUGUCAAUGAUGAAGCCCGUGUUUUUGUUGUUGUUUUUUACCUCCAUUGAACACAUCUGGUACAUGGGUCUAACGACAUUAUUAUUUUGAUCGUAACCAUCCGAACUGCGACUGUAAUUUAUUUCACUAGUCCGCGGUGAGGCGCUGUGUCUUGAGCAGGUAACUGUCCUUGUCUUUGAUGGGAAAACAGUCACCUUGACAUUUGACUGAGCUGUAAAUAUUAUAUUUAUAUUUGACUGAACGUUGAGCCUCAUACACAAGAUGAAAUAUACAUAGUACUUCAAUACAAGGUGUCGGGUAUUUCCAUUGUAUGAAGUUCAGUGAAUUCGAAGUCUGUUCUUAGAACGGUUUGUUUUAAAUCAUUGGUUACUAAAUCUCGUGGUUGUAGUGGUCGGUUCUAGAACCUCCGUCAAGUCCUCAGACGCGGUAUCGGCUGCUGCUCCUCCUCCGUCUCCGGUUCUGGGCGUUGGCACCAGCACCAGCGUUGGGUGAGGGCGGGGUGACACCCUGACAGCACGUUCACUGCUACACUCAAGUGUUCCAUCACCCUCACACCCUGGUUUCACGGCCACUGAUCUGAGAUCUGACCUGUAAAAAUAUACCAUAUCAUCUAAAAACUGGGAUUUGUCCAUUUUUUUAUUUUGUAGAAACCUGGUCAUACGGUAGAUGGUUCUGGUGAAAUACUGGUUUCCUUUGUGAACUGCCCCCUGUGAACACUGGUGUGUGUGUGUUUGCAGCAUUAUGUUGGCCCGCAAAGGUCUCCUGCCGGACGGCUUCCUACUGACCCGACUGGCAGAGGACCAGAACCAGCCGAACCGCUUUCGCUCCAGGACCCAGAGAGCCCGGUUCAUCACCAAGUCCGGGUCCUGUAACGUGGCCCACAAGAACAUCAGAGAGCAGGGUCGGUUCCUGCAGGACGUCUUCACCACCAUGGUGGACCUGAAGUGGCAGCACUCACUCCUCAUCUUCACCUCAGCGUUCCUCUGUUCCUGGAUGCUCUUCGCUAUGAUCUGGUGGCUCCUAGCGUUUGCACAUGGAGACCUGGAACCCCGAGACCCAAACGGAGAACCGGGUCCUGAGCCCUGCGUUACCGCCAUCCACUCCUUCACCUCCAAACCUGGUCAUACGGUAGAUGGUUCUGGUGAAAUACUGGUUUCCUUUGUGAACUGCCCCCUGUGA